GGAGGUAAGAGGAGGGAACAGACAGCCCAGACUCCCAGGCUCCUCAGAGGAGUAGGAGAAAGGGGCUGAGCGACAGGCAAGGUAGUUUCUCUCCGGGCACCUCUGCCUGGCUCUCCCCUCAGCCAUGGGGACUUUCAACCUGUGGACAGAUUACCUGGGUUUGGCCCGUCUGGUGGGGGCCCCGCGUGGGGAAGAGAAGUGCGAGACCAGGUUGGACUCCCAGCCACCGCCAGCUCCACAGCCUCUGAUUCAGAGGCCCGGCCCGGAGUCCUCUCUGGCCCCCGAACGCGUGUGCACCUUCUGCAAACACAAUGGGGAGUCCCGGGCCAUCUAUCAGUCUCAUAAGCUCAAGGACGAGGCUGGCCGGGUGCUGUGCCCCAUCCUGCGAGACUAUGUGUGUCCACAAUGUGGUGCCACCCAAGAGCGGGCCCACACCCGCCGAUUCUGCCCGCUCACGGGCCAGGGCUACACCUCCGUCUACAGCUACAACACCCGCAACUCUGCUGGCAAGAAGGUCGUCCGGUCGGACAAGACGAGGAUGCAGGUCCAGGGUCACGGCCGAGGAGGAGAAACAGGUUCCAAAGGUGCCAGGAAGCCUUCAGGACCCUCGCCUUCUUGCUGCAAUCCCUCCACUUAAGCCUAGGAGGCCAGCUCUGGGAGGACAGACAUCCACCCCACCUCAUACACACACCCGACAACCCCCCUUUCCCCGCUGGCCUGCCUUCGCCUGUGGACAGGGACUGAGGCUUGGGGGAGGAUUUCCAGGAAGAUACACCACACCCAACCAGGACUGGCCCCCAGACCUAGGCGUGAGGCCACAAGGGCUAGUGGAUAGACAAGGUCUGGGAGUAUGGCCUUGAUCGAUUGAUCCUUCCUAUGGGAAAGGAGUCCCAGGUACACCCCACCUCCUUCCCCCACACUGCUAGCCCCCAACCCCCAGCUUGUCCUGUUCAUCUCUCCACCCCCACCCACUUGGAGUCAGUGCUCAAUAAAAUGCCGUGUGAAUGGA